UAUCUUUUGCACUGGUGUUUACCAACAAAAACCGAAAUUUACGUGAAUCCGGCACUAUCGAAGAUAUUGUUCUCAAUUAAUUAAUUUUAAAAUAAUUCCUUUAUGAAUAUCGAUGUAAAUAGUUCACCGAACAGAUAGUUUAAAGUUACAUUAUUCGGUUUUACAACGAGUGAUGACCGUAUCUGCGAAAAAUCCUAAAAGGAUCGAGUGAAAUUCCACCUCAUCAUUAUGGCUUGGUGUAGAUCGGUUUUAAAUAAGAUAAAGUUUUUCUUAAUAGCGUUAACGGAUGCUUUCAAAUACCUUUGCUGUACUUUAAAACAGAGAAGAAAACUAUCAACUGAUUUCGUACCUUUAUCAUCGGUAGGAGUGGUUCCUAACGACAGUGUAACGAUAAACCCAGAUAAUGGGCAAUGGAUUCAAGAGUCGUAUCCAGUCAAUAAUAGCAUUUCGAGUCCUAAAAGUGUUCAAGAUUAUAUAGCUCAAUAUCGUCAGCAGAAAUUAUCCCAAAUGCAAAACUCACCUACUGAAGAAUCUCCUGCUGAUUUUUUCCAAGAUAUGGAACCUAAAAUAAUGAAACAAAAGAAACUCAUGAUUGGACGCGAUGACGAACAAGAAAAUCAACAAAUUAAUUCUAGGUUAUCGUUCAACGCUGGACCUUCUGCUUUGCAAAAGGGUAACGAAUUGGCAUCUUGGGAAGAAAUGGAAAACACCGGGGCUUGGGAUAUCGAAAACGAAAACACCGACGAACUGUUGAAAGAAAAAAGGAGAAUUGAGCGAGAGAAAAGAUUAGCCGAGAAUAUGAAAAAAAGAAUGGAAAAAGAUAAGAACAGGAUAGCUUCGAAAAUUAGUUGAUCACUCGAGUUGUACGAGAUCAAUCACUUUAGAUAAAUAUGUUCAGGCACACAGACGUGUGAGAGAUGGAUUUUGUGCUCUGAAAAAAAUAAGUCACUUCGAUAUACGUCAAUGAAUUAACCGACCCCUCAUUCUUACUUGAAACUGGUCAUAAUUCGUGAUACAUUUUUAAUUUCCAUGUUACUAAAAUGUAAAUAAGUGAUUUUUAAGUACGUAAGUAUGUACUUAAUUAUUAUAAGGUACUGUAUUGUUAAGUGAUCGUUGCAAUGUUGAUUCAGGUUUCUUUUUUCUACCAUUUUAUUUCUUCAAUCAUUCUUACCUAUUAUGUUUAAAUUUGCACAUUAAAUUAGGUUCUUUCAAAAAAUUGUACCAUUUUUUUCAAUUAUUUAUAUACGAAACGACUCGACUGUGAUUUUAUAAUGCAUCAUGAGGAUGAAAUUUAUUGGUAGUAAUCGAGUAAUUAUUUUGAGCCUAUAGAGAUGUAUAAUUUACAUACAAGUUGUGAAGGUAAUUUAUUUUGACAUUUUUAUAUCUUUCCAUUUUCGAUCUCUUUUGAUAAGUCAUGACUUGAACUUUGAAAUGGAAAAAUUGAAUUCAGCCUCAUGAAGAGACCUUGCAGAUCGAUAAUCGAUCAAUCGAACGCCAAAAAUAGACUCGUUUGCAAUUUUCGAUCUCAUGUGACUGAAAAUGCUUGGAAUAAGCAAUUGAUAUUUUAGUUCCAGAUGCGAAUUUAAGGAUCGAUAAUCGAACACCUAAAAUUGAUUCCAUACGAUCAAUAAUUUUUUUGUUGAAAAAUAUUGAUUUCAACAUCAAAUGCGCUUUCGGGGCUAGGAAGUGAUCAUGAUUAAUAAUCGAUUAAUCGAAUUGUAAAAAUCGAUUUCAACAUCAAAUGCGGUUUCGGGGUCAGGAAGUGAUUAUGAUUAAUAAUCGAUUGAUCGAAUUGUAAAAAUCGAUUCAUGUGCGAUUUUUGAUACUGAUCACACGAUCAAUCAUGUUCAAAAUGAAAAAUUGAUUUUAGUUUUCAAAAUACAUGUUUCAGAAUUUGAUUGAUCGUGAUCAAUAAUCGAUUGAUCGAAUCGUAUAAAUCGAUUCAAUUGCGAUUUUCGAUCUUAUGAAAUCAAUCGUAGGCGUAAUUAGAAAAUUGAUUUAAUCCCAAAAAUAUGCCUCCGCAUCGAAAAUUGAUCAUUAUCAAUAAUCGAUUAAUCGAAUUGUAUAAAUUGACCCAUUUGCGAUUCUUGAUCUCCUGUGGCAGAAAAUGCUCGAAAUGAGCAAUCAAUAUUUUUGGCUUCAGAAGUGUGAAUUUCGAAUUUCCGGAUCGGAAAUCGAAUAAUCGAAUUCCAAAAAUCAAGUCAUGCGCGAUUAAGUAUCGAUUCCGUACGAUGAUACGAUCAAUAAUUUUUUUAAAUGAAAACAUCUAUUUCAACCUCGGAAAUAAUAUGCUUCCGAAUUGAUCAUUAUCAAUAAUUGAUUUUAAUAAAAUUGUAAAAAUCGAUUCAUGUGUUAUUUUUGAUAUCACAUAAUCAAUCAUGAUCAAAGUGAAAAAAUUGACUUUAGGUUUAGAAAUAUGUUUUCGAAUUGAAAAUUGAUCACGAUCGAUAAUCGAUUAAUCAAAUUGUAAAAAUCGAUUCAUAUGCGAUUAUCGAUCUUACAUGAUCAAUCAUGUUCAAAGUGAGAAAAUUGAUUUUAGUUUGAAUAUUUAUGCUUUCAGAAAAAAAUUGAUCAUGAUUGAUGGUCGACUAAUCGAAUUGUGAAAAUCGAUUCAUAUGCGAUUAUCGAUCUUACAUGACCAAUCGUGUUCAAAGUGAAAAAAAUGAUUUUAGUUUGAGUAUUAUGCUUUCAGAAAAAAAAUUAUCAUGGUCGAUAAUCGAUUAAUCGAAUCGUAAAAAUCGAUUCGUGUGCGAUUAUCGAUUUUACAUGAUCAAUCGUGUUCAAAGUGAAAAAAUUGAUUUUAGUUUUAAAUCUUAUAUGAUUCCGGAUUCAAAAUUAAUCAUGAUCGAUAAUCGAUUAAUCGAAUCGUAAAAAUCGAUUCGUGUGCGAUUAUCGAUAUUUCAUGAUCAAUCGUGUCCAAAGUGAAAAAAUUGAUUCUAGUUUUAAAUGUUAUAUGCUUCCGGAUAAAAAAUUGAUCAUGAUCGAUAAUCGAUUAAUCGAAUUGUUAAAAUCGAUUCAUUGGCGAUAUUCGAUCUCAUGGGAUCAAUCGUAGCAUGAUGAAAAAAUUGAUCUUGAACUUUGAACUAUUGUCAUUAUUGUCGUCUGAUUCUAUUUUACCUAUUCCAGUUAUGCAUGAAAAGUUACAACUUUUCAAAUGAAAAAAUUGAGCUUGAAUUUUGAACUAUUGUUAUUUUCGUCUGAUUCAAUGAAAAGUGCCAACUUUUCAAAUUUUUCAUUUUUCAGCGACGUGAGCAAAAUUUGAAAACAAUUCAGAUUGAAAAUUUUUUGUUUCUCCUUCCCUUCUUCAUAGCAUAAAAAAAAUUCAUACAAAAUAAAAGAAGAAAAAUCAAUGAAUGACCUAUUCCACUUUUACUUUUUUCUACAAGUGGAGCCAGCAUGAAAUUUUUUUUACAAACAUUCAAAAAUAUGGUCAUUAAAUGCAAGAUAGAAUCUCGAAAAUUGUAAUAUCUACUCUCUAAAUUUGAAGCAGUCAAAUUUCACUGCUUAGCAGUUACGACAUUUUGCGUUUUUGAAAGCAGUAGUUUUUCACUGCAAAACAGUGAAAAAUCUACUGAAAUUGGUCAGUAAAAAAUCAUUUGACUGACCAAUUCAGUAGAUUUUCUACUAUUUUGCAAUAAAAAACUACUGCUUUUAAAAAGGCAAAAUGUCGUGACUGCUAAGCAGUAAAAUUUCACUGUUUCCAAUUUAGAGAGUAUCAUAAUUUUUGGGGUCCGGGGGGUGGGGCAAAAAAUGAAUGGGUGGUAUGUUUUUUUUUUUUAGAGAGAUGAUCAAUAGGUAUUCUAUUUACAUGAGUCACGUUCUUGAACUUUAUUUUCUAUAAACGCUUACCUAAUCACAGUUUCGAAGCAUGAAUUAUCGUCAAGGUUUCACAAAAACGUCAAAGCCAAUACGAUAUCUAUCUAUUGGUUUGAUGACGUAAAUAAAAUUCUCGUACUUGAGAAUUUUACUGCUUUCCUUACAUGGUUUUUCGCAGCGCAAUCGAAGAAAAAACCGUGUAAAAAGUAAAACGCUGAUAAGACAUUUUGUUAGUGAAACUUUUAGACGAUUUUGCUGCGUCGCAGCAGUAUUCAAGUUGACCGUGGUUUUAGUUGAAUUCAGUAAGGUGUUGAAGAGUAACGUCGUCAAAAUGAAGUUCCUCUCUUCGGUUAUCGUUGUUUCUUUUUUGUGCGGUGUGCAACAAUUCGCACCGAUUUUAUGCGAUGGUACUUACAACGACUCCAUCAGCAACCCCUCUGCAAACAGUGGCAAGGGCACUGAGACUGAUGACGAUUGUGGUAUAUCUUGCGUUAUAAGCGAACUCUUCGGUUCAUUAUUUGGAGAUUCUGGCCCUUCUGGAUAUGAUUAUUACGGUGAAAACGGAACCGGAAAUGGAUCCGAUUAUUACGAUUACUAUUACACUAACAGCGGCCCUGUUGAAGAAGAAAUUAUUAUUAUACCGUUGACUGGAUCCGGAUCAGGGUUAACGUUCGGCGAUUACAAUUACACUUCUUAUAGCGGAUCCAGCGGUGAAGGAAAUAUAAGCCAGUCUGGAUGGAGUGGAAUAGGUUUACCUGGAUUAUUCCCCCCCAUUGGUGGUCCGUUGAAUGGUUCGGUUAUUCCUUUCCCGCCCUUCUCAGUCCCUGCAACAAACACAUCGUCGACAUCUGGUUCAUCAUCAUCCAGCUCAGGAAGUAAUAGUGGAUCUAGCUCAAGCAGUUAUCCCGGCUCAAGCUGGUCAGGAUCUAGUGGAUCGGGGUCUACUUGGGGAAGUGGAUCCGGCUCAGGCAGUGGUUCCAGCUCAAGUUCUUCAGGAGCUGCAACAUCCUCCACUUCAGCUCCUUCAACCAGCGCACCUGCAUCCAACACCACUGCUACCAAUACUACUUCAUCUGGUCCAGUUCCAUCAGCAACAAUCACCAACAAUGGUAUUUUUGGAACACUACCAUCUGCUUGAAAAUAGCAUUAAAUAAUGUAUCGUAUUUGAAAUCAUUCUGAUUCAAUUCACGAUAAAAAAUUAUCGAAUUUUCAAACAUUCCAAAAAAUUAUAAUAAGUUAGAAAAUCACAAAUCUCAAUAGGCCAAAAUGACUUUUGAUCGACGGUGCUUGAUGGUUUUCAUUCCAUUAUACGAUGCGUUUUUUACACCUCAUCACUGUUUGCUCAAAGGUAUCCGCAUCGUGUUCCUUACACACGAGUAGGUAACUAGAUUUCAAACUUAGCUACACGCAUUUACUAGAUUUAAUUUUAAUCUAAGUUAUUUAAUUCACGUUGAAAUUGUAAUCCAGCAACACAUAGGUUUAAAUAUUUUAUAAGUGCGUAAUAGUUCAGUAAAAUCGAUUUUAUACAUUAAAAAUUAGAAUAAACGUUCGGAUUCUUA